UUGUUAUGGUAACGGUAACGCGGGCACAUACUCCUAAGUACCGUGCAAUUAUCGCUAUGUUUUAUCAUAAAAUCAAUAUAUUUUUGAUCAAUGAUAAUUAYUCUCAAGAAUAAUGGCAGAAAUAGGAAGAUAUAGAGAUAUGGCAAGUCCUUGGGUGACUAAGUUUGGAGAAGAAGGAAGGAACAAUCGUCAUUUACURCCUCGUCUUAUUGGAAGACCAAUUUUGAAUUAUGACUGCCUUAAAUUGCUAUGUAACAUAGAGGGACUUGGAGAAAGGCUAAAGCCUUCUUCACCUGAWGCACAUACUGAAUUCAUGAAAAACUAUCCAAAGAUGUUUGAAAUGCAACCACCAUUGCUGCAACCAGCACUGCUGGAAAAGAGGAACUCUGAGCAUGGCUACAAACACCACAUGAUAUCUAAGGAGCUCGUCAUUCCACAUGAUAAAGGCCUUUUUCCUCACUGGUGUCCAGGUUUUGAUAAACAUCUUUGCAGUCACAAUAUAUCGCAGCACAUGUCAAAACUACACAAGCACAACUUUGUCAUAACGUCAGCAACUAGCGUCUUCAAUGCAAGAAUCAAGGCUAUACGCAGGAUAUUAAGAAAAAUGCCAUUUGAAAGAAAGACUAAAGAGAAUGAAGCAUUAUACAAACAUCUCAUAUCGUUACCUGAGAUAUCGGCUCAAGUUGAACCGCGAGUAUUGAAAGAACUAUGUACYGUGGCUCAUCUCGAUAGAUGGACUGAUGCAGAUUGCACAGUGUUUGGAAACACAGGUCUUCAUAUGAUUCUUAAGGGAUCAGUUGUACCUCAGACAAAACCCUCCCUCUCACCUGUCAGCUCACCGUCCAGAGAGUUUCGGUCACCAACACCGAUUUUUGAAGACCAGGAGCUAAAAAAUCAAAAUAUGAUUUCUGUUGGCAGCUGUUUUGGAACAUUGAAGAAAGUUGAAGGCAGAGAGCCCAAUACAAGAGUGCUAUCUGUGAUAACAUUAGAACCAUGUGAGUUUCUGAAGAUAUCGACCCAUGAUUAUGGACGGGUCAUACAGAUGAUGAAUUCACGUGAGGAAGAGCAGAAACUUUCCUUGGCACAAACCUGUAAACUGUUYCACAGCUGGCCAAAGUUGCCACUUAAAAAGGUCUCUGGACUCAUUAAAUGGAGACGGUUUCUACCUGGACAAGUUCUUGUCAAGGAAGGUGAACGAUGUGAAAUAAUCGGUUUCAUCAAAAAGGGUGUUUGCAUCUUAAGAAGGAUGAUUACAGUUGCACACACUUUUCCAAAUGGAAAAAAGGAAAAGCGAAGAAAACAAGUUAUAAUUGGCCGACUUGGGCCGGGAGAUUCGUUUGGAGAAGCAACGGUGCUAAGAAACAGUGUGAUGACAUGCGCAGUUGUGACAGAUUCAGUGGUGGAAAUGGGUACCAUCAGUACUUUAGAUGUGUACGAUCUUGAUGAUGUCACUAAAUCGUUACUGGUYCAGUCCUACUCGGAGUUUGAAACUUCAAUGACUGAGAAGCAAAUAGAGCAAGAAUACAUCGAACAAGAGAAAGAACGAGAGUGGACAAACUUUAAGCAAAAAGUCGUGGCUGACGUACUUUUCUAUCGUGACAUUCAACCUGGUGUUAGCAAGUGGUCGCGCAAUCCAUCGCCACAAAAAAUCGAGAGUCUAUAACGUUACAGAGCAUUAAUUAAAUGCUAUUUUUCCUACUUGUUGGAAGACACUAGCAUUGAAAAAAGUCAAUGACCAGUGACUGCCUAGAUUUUUCUGUGUACGUGUUGAGUACUAGAUUUAAGGAAGAGAGUGCUCAAGAGGAUUAAGCAUUGGUCAUUGGGAUAUGGAUAGACAAACGUUGUUAUGGUUUUGCUCAGCAACAAGCACAACAAUCGCCUUACAUCGAUGGGCAGGCGCCUAUUCGCAGGAUUGUCAAUACACCUUUUCAGUGGCUGUUAGGCCUCGACAGCGUGUUAAAUAUUCUUUUGACUUUGUAGGAAUGUGAGCAAUUCAAACAUUGAUAUGAAUAGUCUCAUUUGUCAAAUUCAAAAGAAUAAUUAACUUGCUAUCGAGGCCUAAGAGCRGCUGAAAAGGUGUAUUUAUGACUGCUUGUUUCUUGCGGCAUUAGUCUUGAUAAAUAGGUGGGUUACCUUUGGUUGCGAGAGAAGAAC